AUGUCUAUUAAAAAAAAUAAAAUAACAUCAAAUUAUAAGUCUACUAAGAAAAAUAAGAAAAAGAUAGGAGCAAACAACGAUGAGAAUGAUAGUUUCGAUGAUUUGGUUAUAGGAAAUAUACCAAAUGCAAACGGAGACAUGAACAAAAAAAACAUUCCUAGAAUGGCUCAAAUAUCAAAAAGCUACAAAAAAUUAGAAAAAGAAAAAAAACUAUUAAACAGUCUCGAAUCGAAAGAAAAGGAAAAGACAAAACAUCUUCUGAACGUUCAGAAAGCCAUACUUAAAUCUAAAGGGGAGAAAGUUUAUGAUGAAAAAAGUCUCAAAAAUCGAAAAAAAAACAUUUUAAAAAAAAAAGAAAAAUCACGAAAAAGAUGGAACAAUAAAAAUGAUGAAUAA